CGGACAGACAGCUCCGUGAGCGGUUGUGUUGUCUGCGUGCAAUAUUGAACAUUGUGAUAAACUCUCCACGUCCUCGCGCGCGGUCCAUACAUAUAGGUGUUUUCUGCGGGCGAAUCUAGAGAAAAAAAGUUAUAAAUAUCUUCAUCUAAAACUAGUGAUUAAUGGAUGGAAAAUUGUAAGUUGAAUAAAGGAUAGAAACGUACGAAUAACAAUGAAACGGUAAUAAUGCCAUUGUAUUAGUGUGAGUGUUUCGCCAAUCUGAAAUAUAGUAGUACGGAGUUUUGACUGUGGGAAAAAUCUAACGGGAAACAUCAGGAAAAAACCAAAUUUCCCUCAAUGGAUCCGGGAAAAAUAUUUCAAAUCAUAACCAACAGUACUUUACUGGCCACGCGGCUUUUCUCGGGAGAAAGGGAGCCCAUUCAGUUUUCGGAACCAAGGUACUGCUCUGUUCUGUCUGAGGACACAGCGCCUUCGUCCUCCGUGGUUAAAGUCUCAGCAACUCACAAAAGUGGUGCGACCGUUCGAUACAGCAUAACGGGGGGAAACAAAGACGGCCUGUUCACAAUCGACCAGCACACAGGCCUCAUUACCCUCUCCGCUACGCUUGAUUACGAACUUCAACGAAAGCAUGAGUUAGUGGUUGCAGCAGAGGCUGAGGGCAGCAGUGUGCAUUCGUUUGUGGCAGUCAGUGUUGCUGACGUGAACGAUAAUCCUCCCAGAUUUCUACACAAUGACGCAAAGGUCACCAUAUUGGAAGGGGACGACGAUGACCUCCCAAAAACUAUUUUCAAGGUGGUGGCCGAAGACGCUGACAGCGUGGACACAGGGAGGCUGAUUUACAGCGUAGGGGGGGAGGGGGUCAGCAACGAGCAUUCGGACACAGACCCAUUCUUCUCCAUUAAUCCCCAUUCUGGGGAACUGCUACAGCUCAAGGCACUGGACCGCGACCCACCUAAAGGGAAAGCCUCCUGGCAGCUGAGGGUCCAGGUACGGGACGGCCAGCGAGUCCCUUCCUCCUUGGCCGAAGCCACCAAGAGGUUGCCGAGGAAGACCAAUCGAUCUCGCCAUCCCCUCAGACAGGACCACCAAAUCAACAAAGGACUUGCCCCUCCAGCGACCGCGGGUCUUUCACCCAAAGCGGAGACCGACCAGCAAUCCAUUCCAGAGGUGUCUUCCUCCUCCUCCUCCUCCUCCCCCUCUUCCUCCUCCGACGUCGAGACGCCCCUGCCUCAAGAGAAACCUGCAGAAGAGACCUCGACAACGUCUUCCCUUUCACCAUACCCCAGCAGGACGUCUGUUUCUCCCCUCGACGUCCUUACUGGGCAGGCGCCGUAUCAUUCCGUCGAGCCCAAACUGGAAAUUAAGGGUUCGGCAUUCCAUGACAUGAGUAGUUCGUCGGCCCCUACGCUGUUUCUGCAUUCCCGCGGAGAUGAAGCCUAUAACGAAGACUUGGAAACCAACUACAUUUCUAGUAGAGGGUUAGAAGACUGGAAUAGUGGGAAUGAAUAUGUCUCAGAGCAUAAGUCGUUACGUGUUCCUGAACACAGAAACCGUUUGCGUCAAGCAGUUAGUUUAAGGAAGAGCUUUGCGCUACAGAAGGGGAAGAACUCAUACGGGAACUACCGCGUCAGAACAACUGACUCUACCACUACAAGACUGACUAGCCUCGCGGAAAGGAAAAAUAGUCACAAUGAAAUUGCGAGGUUACCACCAGAACCAUCGGCCAUUCUGACCGAUUUGGGACCCACCGCCGUCAGUAAGGAAGUUUCUGAGAAGUUGAAACACAUCGUCGCCCACGGAAAGAACUUCUACGAAGACGGUCAUACGCAGGUAUCUGAAAGGAAGGAGUACUUUUUAGACAAACACCGCACAUCCCGAAGCAUAUUAUCGGUAACAACUCCUUUGGGAAACGGACGAAUCGUUCUUGUGCCUCGCAUCCAAAUCAAAGAAACAGAUGGAGAUCGUCCCUUUGAAUCCUCCAUAUUCAAGAGGUCGGUCCUACCGGGUCUCGAGAGGGACGGGGCACUCAAGACGGAGGAGAGCCCACCGGAAAUGACUGGGCUCCUGAGUAAGCCGAGGGACUUCGUCGAACUCGACAGCAACUACUCCGGCAAAAGGUUCUCGACGACGGACGACGUCAUCGGCUGCGAGGACUACACGUCCUUCUCCUUCAACUUCGACGUGGGGGACAUUCCCGGCGGGCGGGGGAAGGACGGAGGCGCUGACGAAGGGGACGACGUCGAUUUGGAGAGCGACUUGGGAAGCCACAUGCUCGGGGCGGAUGACGAGACCGGCCACGUUCAUGUGGUGGAAACGAUAGUCACCGUUGUUGUCAAGGAUCUGAACGACAACCCUCCGCUCUUCCCGAACGUGACCAUCAUCGGCGAGGUGCAGGAGAACGGGCCUAUUGAUCUCUCAGUCGCCGUCGUAACGGCCUGGGACGCUGACGACGUGGAGGAAGGGACCAACGCCAAGCUAACCUACUCCAUAGGGAAGAACGUCCUGGAGGAGAGGACGGGGCAGGCGAUCUUCGCCAUCCAUCCGGACACGGGUCUCCUGACGACAGCCGUCUGUUGCCUGGACCGAGAGACGACCCCAGAGUAUCAUAUUCAGGUUGUGGCCGUCGACGGGGGAGGUCUCACGGGCACCGGCCAAGUCGUCGUACGUCUGGCAGACGUGAACGACAACUCUCCCCGCCUGAGCCGUGACCUCUGGGAGGUAGACGUGGAGGAGUCCUGGAGGGGGGAGGCCCCCAGUAAUAAAACCCUUGCCCAGUUCACCACCGUGGACCACGACAUUUCCAAUUACUUCUUUUACAGGGUAGUGGAAGAGAGUGGCUGGGGCUGGCAGUACUUCGACGUCAGGUCACGAGGUCACAUUGGUGAAUUAUACUCGACCCACCCUUUGGACUACGAGGAUUCAGCUCAUAGGCGAGGGUUCCGGUUUAUGAUCCAAGUAACUGACAGGGGGCGUGGCGGCUGGGACGACCCGAGACACACGGACACUGCCUGGGUGUCCGUCCACCUACUGGACAUCAACGACAACCCACCGCAGUUCAGUCAGCCCCAGAUCCAUCUGACCCUACAAGAGAAUGUCACCCCCGGGACUGUGUUGACGAACCUCGUGGCUCAUGAUCCUGAUAUGGGCGGCAACCAAAACGUCAGGUACAGCAUCGUGGGCGGCUGGGACGCCCUGACGGUCAACGAGGAGGGCGUGGUGAGACUCUGGCGCGCCCUGGACCGCGAGAAACCCGGCGGAGACGUGGGCGUGGCCAAGGUCGUGGCGGUAGACGACGGGAAGCCUCCCCUGACCUCGACGGCGACGCUGACGAUUACCGUUACCGACGUGAACGAUUGUCCGCCGAGGCUGCUCCCUCCCACCCUCCUCCACGUCACUGAGGGUAGGCCUACGACCAGGCUAGGCCUCCUGAGGGCUACUGACGACGACGUGUGGGCGUUAGGGCACGGGCCGCCCUUCUACUUCUCCCUGCCGUCUUCCAACCCCACGGCCGUGUUUCAUAUCGUGGCUCUCAAAUAUAAUUCCAGCGAAGACAGCGGUCGGGGUGGGGCGGAGAUCUGGACCAGAGGAGCCAUAGAUAGGGAACAGUACCCGCAAAUAGCAGUCGACAUCGAGGUGUCAGACGCCGGAGGGUUGUCGGCAACACAACAGAUAACCCUCGUCGUUGACGACAUAAAUGACAACCCUAUGAAGCCAGCUUCCAAGAAGGUUUACCUGUGGAAGACGCAGGGCGGAGGAUCUGAGGCGUCCUUAGGAAGAGUCUACGUCGAGGAUCCCGACGACUGGGACCUUGAGGACAAGACGUUUUCGUGGCACGGUCCUGCCCAUCCCUUGUUCUCCUUGCACUCCGACACGGGAGCCAUAUUCGCCUCGGCGCACCUGAGGGAGGGAAGGUACGACCUGCAAUUCAGCGUCUCAGACAGAGUUUGGGGUCAGACAGACGUCAGAGCGAACGUCACAGUGGACGUGAGGUACCUCCAUCAGGACGCCCUCACCCACGCUCUUCCGCUCACCCUCACGCCCAUCACGCCCACCGCCCUCACCAAAGGGUGGUCGCCUAAACACGGAGGGGGCGGUCUCGGUACCCUAGCGAAGGUGGUGAAAAAGAUCCUUGGGAGUCCUUCAGCCAACGUGGAGGUCGUUAGCGUCUACGGCCACCCUGACUCGGACGCUGUCUAUUCGCCUGCGCUCUCUAAGGCGACGCCCUUGGUCCACGCCCCUGGUUCCUCCUUCACCUGCGUGUGGCUGAGCGUGAGGGAGAAGAAUGGCAAAUACGUCGACCCUGUCAAACUACAGGGCUUGUUGUCACUCCAUAAUAGGAAGCUGGAGAAGGAAAUGAGCGUAGGAGUCUCCCUGAAGGAACCAGUCAGCGAAGCAGGAUUUGGAGCCUCGCUGAUGACCCCGUCCUCAAUUUCGACACCUCAGCAGCCGCCGUCGCUGGCAUCACUCGCGUCUACUUCUCUUCCUCUGCAGGUCGUAGACACGAAUUCGACGUCCCUCGUUACCCCUCGCCUGAGUCGGUCCCACGCCUGCCCAGCGCACCGAGAAGAAGAAACGAGCGAUUCCUGUACGAGUACUUCCUGCCUCAACGGGGGGCGGUGUGUCCGGAAUUCCGACGGUAACAGGUGCAUUUGCCCAGGCGGUUCGUGUGGCAGGCAGGGCGCUGCAAGAUCGUCAGUCGAACCUUUCGAAGGAAACGGCUGGGCCUGGAUAAGGGCUUUCCCGCCGUGUCUCCCGACGACCAUUUCCCUGCAGGUGCCUCACCACCGGCGCCCGAACGCCCUCCUCCUCUACUCGGGCCCUUUGUCCUUCUCUUCCACCCACCCGCGGUACCCCACGACGCCCAUGCUCUCUCUGCAGCUGGUAGAAGGUCGCUCAGUUCUGAUGGAGAGUGGGAGGGGGUCGAUCAAGCUGCAGGUCGACUCGAACUUCGAGAUGGGGAUUUGGCACAAGCUGCAUCUUCAUAUUGAUGCAAAGGGCGUCACCCUCAUGGUCGACCUCUGCGACUGGGGGUGGGUAGAGGGUGCCAAGGACGACGCCCAUUGUCGGGCCCGCGCCUCUUGGGAGAACGCGAGUGCCAGCGACGACUGGAUCGGGGCCGACCCCGUGCAGUUGGGCGGGCUGUCCCACGAACGCCCGUCGCCCCAGCAGUACGGGUGGUCGUGGGCGCCGAUCGCCGAGCCUCUGGAAGGCUGCAUUUCUCAGCUGACUGUGAAUGGACAGAUGAUCGACCUCGGCGAGCCAGCCUACAGCAGCAACAGCUGGGCGGGCUGCCGCCCGCAGGACGCCGCCUGCAGGGGCAAAUGCGGAUUGAACGGCCGCUGCACGGGCGGCCUGGCCAACCCGUGGUGCGACUGCGACCCCGGAUGGGCGCCUCCGGUGUGCGACGUCGCUACUGUUCCCGCCUCCCUCAACAAGAACUCCUUCAUGAAGGUGGCCAUUUCGUUCACGCCCGAUCCUUAUAAUAUAGCGACACAGUUGAGAGUCAGGACCGUAGGGAGGCCCAGCGGGCUGCUUUUGAAGUUCGAGAAUCACAGGAAGACUGUGUCUUUUGUCAUUAGGCUCCGAAGUGGGGUCGUCUGCACCUCACUCUCUUCCGGCGACUUGGAUGCCCCCGAGUCGUGCGUCGACGGCUACCCUCUAGGGGACGGCUCGUGGCACACGAUCUACGUCGAACGCCACGGCCCCAACAUGCUGGUGUCCGUGGACGACGGCGAAGGCUGGAGACACAACCACACCUUUAGCACCUUCCUGAAGCCUACUAGAGUGGAGGACAAGGGCGUGACCUCCGUCCUCUCGUCUCCCUCUCGCCUGUCCUCCUCGAUCUCGAGGGCGGCGUCCUCCGUGACUGACUCGUCCUCGGCGUUCGAGAGGCCCGUUCCUCUGAUCGUGGAUAAGCAGAAUGGGCUGUCCGUGGGCGGGGUUCCCGAGUACCAGGAUGCUGAACUGAUCAAUGUUCAUAACGACGUCAGCGAGAUUUGUAUAGAUGAUAUCCGUGUCUCCGGCAAAGGACUGCCCCUGCCACCAGGUGUCAAUGGCACCACCUGGGGGCAGGUGACAACAUUCCAGAAUUUAGAGAGUAACUGCCCCAGUCGUGAUCUUUGCUCAAACACCAGCUGUCUGCCUCCUCUGACGUGUCACAACAGCUGGAGACAGGCCAGCUGCAGCUGCGGCCCGGGACGCCAACUGUUAGGAGGAACCUGCCAAUUGGUGAACGAGUGUGGCUACCAGCCCUGUCUACAUGGCGGAACUUGUCGAGACAUGCAUCCGGGUUACCAGUGCACGUGCCGACCGUACCACAGCGGUGACAACUGUCAGUGGGUGCACCUGCCUCCUCCCAGCCACUCUGUGACACCUGUUGUUAUCGCAGCCAUCACCCUUUCCAUUCUCUUGUUUGUGGUCAUCGGAGUGGUGGUCACCCUGCGGCUCCACAAAUCCCGAGCCGGCCGGAGCGGAGAGCUCCGCCCUGCUGGAGUCGAGGGCGCCAGCGAAGUCGGAGGGAUAGCCACGGUCAUAGAGACGCCCAUACCCGCCCACGCCACCAAGCGGAAGGAAGAGCCCGUCCUUCUCGAUGCCCUGAGGUUGAAGGUCCAAGCUGAACAGCACACUUUCGAAGGCAAAAUAAGCCCCAGCCUCUCCUGUAAGGGGAGCGCCUCGAAGGAGAGCUUCCACCACACGUCUUCCCUCAGGAGAUCCACCGUCGGGCACGAGAGCGCCAAGGACAUCGUCACCUCCAGCCUGAAGCUGCCUCCGAGGGUCACUUUAUGCUCGAGCGACGAGUCCACUAAGGACAAGAGUCCCGCCGGGUCGCCUGCCAACACGCUGGGCGGCAGAGACAGGCCCCGAGUGGCCGUCGUCUGCGGCAACUUCAGCACCAACCCCCCACCUGCUCAAGACGAUCUGAGGGCGUACGCUUACGAGGGGGACGGGUCUCCGUCGGGGUCGUUGACCUCUGCGACUGUGGGUCUACAAAUGGAAAUUCGAGAGGACGAACCAAAACCCAUACUACCCGAAUACGACGAAGUCUACAGCCUGCUGACGCAACUCCCCGACGCCAGUAACAGGCCGAUAACGCCCCUAUCGGCGUCGCAGAGCUGCCUGACGAAAGAGGAGGGGAAAAGUCUCUCACCCAUAAAAUCCCUCAGCGAGAAAGUUUCCGAGAUGGAGAGGCAGGAGAGGCAUCACAGGAGUAGUUCGAUAGCCUUAGGUGAAUGCGCCAGCAGGGUACCAGGUGACGUCACGAGGCCGAGUGACGUCACGAGUCAUUCCAGGAGACCAAGUGACAUCUCUAUCGCUCAGCUGAGCCUUGGUAGAAGGAAGUCUUCAAUCAAAGGACUGUCGACUCCGUGCUGACACUUUUUGAGUGCGUUUUUCUACGUCGUCUGAAUUAAGUGAACAGAGCGUUAAACUUUUUAUAUAUAUAUAAUAGAGAGAGAGAGAAAGAUAUAUACGCUAAUUUUCUACAACUACGGUGUAAAAAGUACAAAAAAAUAAUAUCUUUUUUUAAGUCACUCUUAAAAUUUCACAUCGUGAAACCGGACGCUUAUUAUUUUUUGGA